CUUCCCCUCCAGUCCCCGCCAUGCCGUCGAGCUUCCCGGGCCGACGCUGCGCGGCGCCGCCCCGCCUGUAGCGCGGACCAUGAAGAGCAAGCACGCCCGCGCCUACUACUACCACCCCUAUUCGGUGCACCCCUACGCCCUGCCCGCCCUGGCGCCGCUACCCAGCGCCAACGGCGUCGUCGCCGGCGCGGCCAACGGCGUCAACGGAGCAGUGGCCACCGCCGCGGCCACCAACGGCGUCGCGACCACCAACGGCGUCGCCACGGCCAACGGCACCGUCAACGGAGGGAGCCACUACCUGGUGACCCCGCCCGCCUCCUACUACGAGCCGCAGAUGCCGCACGUGGCCCCAGAGAGGAAGUUGUUCGUGGGCAUGCUGUCCAAGAAGUGCUCAGAAAACGAUGUGAGAACACUGUUCGGACAGUUUGGCACCAUCGAAGAGUGCACGGUGCUGAGGGACACCAACAACCAGAGCAAAGGCUGCGCUUUCGUCACCUACACGUCCAAGCAGUGCGCCGUCAACGCCAUCAAGGCCAUGCACCACUCGCAGACCAUGGAGGGCUGUUCGUCGCCACUGGUCGUCAAGUUUGCAGACACACAAAAAGAAAAAGACCAGAAAAGAUUGCAGCAGAUGCAGGCCAACUUAUACAAUUUAGCAGGAGUUAACAUGGGACCACAGUACUUAACGGGAGACUCCGUGCUGGCACCGUCAUCCCUCCAGUUACUACAGCAACUUCAGUCAAGUGGCAGCCAAAUGUCACCGAUUUCAUUAAACACUGCUUCAUUGCAGCAGCAACUAUUAAUGCAGCAACAGCUCCAAACACCAGGUCUACAUAGCUUAGCUGCACUCCAAAAUUCUACUGGACUAGGUCUAACUGGGUCCUCCCCAACUGGAACAAGUGACAUUAAUCAAGCAAAUCUUCAGGGUCUUGCAGCCUUAGCAAAUUUAUCCGUUAAUCCAGGUGUUAACCCAAUGAGCAUGCAGAACCUUGUUACGUUAGCAGCAAUGACAAGUGGAAGCAAUCCAAAUCUUCAAGUUUCUCCUACUGGAUCCAGUGCCUCUGGACUAAGUAGCCCAGCUCUGUCCAGUCUCACAAACAUGUCUGCAGGGUCUCUUACUGGCACAUCAGGGGGCAGCUCCAUGAGUCCAGUAACUAGUUUGGGGCUUGCUGGAUCGCCACUCAGUUCUAUGGCAUCGUUGAAUAGUCUAAAUGCAAUGUCUAAUGGGUCAGGACUUGAUUCACUCACUUCAGCUUAUCAACAAUAUGCAGAUAUGCUGGUUCCUACGAGUGGCUUCUCUCAGUUUGGUGCUAGUAGUUUGGGAUCUGGCACUGGAUCUGCAGGCCCAGGAAGUGUAGCAGGUCUUUCUUCUGCAGGCAAACAAAUGAUGGGACCAGAAGGAGCCAACCUGUUUAUUUAUCAUCUACCAAAUGAAUUCACAGAUGCCGAUUUAGUUUCGGCUUUCCUACCGUUCGGCAAUGUGAUUUCUGCUAAGGUCUACAUUGAUUUGGAUACCCACAAGUCAAAAUGUUUUGGAUUUGUGUCUUAUGACAAUCCUAUGAGUGCUCAAGCAGCAAUAUCAAAUAUGCAUGGAUUCCAGAUUGGUGCCAAAAGGCUGAAAGUUCAGCAUAAACGCAAGAAAGAUAGCAACAAACCCUACUAGGAUCCUCCCACAGCUGCCGUGAGCUGUGGACCAUCCCUUUCAAAAUAACACAAGCGUUUCUUCGUUCGCUCACGCCUCUGUUCGCUCGCUAACCAUGGUGUACGUACGUAAGUGUGCGUUUGCUUAUUUGUUCAAUCAUGGUUUUUGAAACACAAGAAAUAGGCAAAAUAGCAGCAAAAGUGUGGACUUGAUCUUCUACAUGCUGUUUGGAACUGAAAUUGUACAUAACUUGAUCUUCUACAUGCUGUUUGGAACUGAAAUUGUACAUAAAAAAAAAUACAGAAAUUUAUUCUAUUUUUCAUUGACAAAGAAUUUUGUGUAGUUUUAAGGUCUAAUCUUGUUAAGGAUUCACUUAAACAAAUCUGACUGAGACAUCUGUAGUAUGAAAUAGUUGUUGCAUGUAUUUGUUGGAAGAUUUAUAUCAAAUUUUGAGUUGGGUUGAGGUGCUCUGCUGCUUCUGAAACUUUUUGCAACUGAUAUCUAUUGUAAUUGCAAGUUAUUUGCCCACCGAUUAUUUGCCAACCGUUGUUAGUCAGAAGACAAAAUUUAAAAAUCUAACGGAAAUUUGUUAAACCUUUGUUGAGAUGUGCAAAAAAUUGUUUCUUAUUGGGACUGCUUUAUUCCUCUGCGGUGUUUUGCUCUUGCCUUUUUUGACUGUCUGGAACUCACAAUGCACAUCCUAAAAUCUAAAAAGAUGUCAAUAUAUAUUUGUUCUGCUCACCCUGUCUAAGCAAGUUCCCUAUUUGUUCUAUUUUUGUGUUGGCAGAAUUUAUUGUUUUAGUUGUAUAUGGCUCUAUUUUCUUUAUGCACACAUCAAUUCUAAACAAGGAAGUUUGCCAUGGAUUUCCAUUUUUGCUACUUCCCCUUCAUUGGGUUUAGAGUGGUGUAAAGAGUCAAUGUUGUUGGUAAUUUAGUCACUGACCUAGUUUGUAGUGGGAUGCAUGUAAACAUGCUCUCUUGAAUGGAGCAGAUGAACCAAAUCAAAGGCUGAUUUAUGUAGACUCUGUGUUUCUAUGUACUUCAUGUUGUGUUGUUUGUUAUCAAAGUGGUUAUAUUAUAUGUCUACACUGUUGUUGCAGUGUAGUUCCUGAUUUGUGUAUUAAUCCACCUUUUGUGUAAUCCAUAAGGAGACUUGGAGAAGGUUAGUCACUUUAGUUCUUGAGUCUUUUCUCUAGUCUUUUCAAGAAAAAUUUAGAGACCCUGAUGGAUUGUCUCUAGCAGCAUUUGCAGAGACUCCCGUCCAUGUUACCAUUUUGUCCUGAUAACAAAACCAAACCACUUUACAGAAGGUUGACGACCAAAGAUUUGUUUAGUGAGAAUGUAUAUAAUUAAAAGAACAUCAGUUUGACGUUUCAUUUUAUUUUGCUCGGUCAAAAUUCUCACUUUUUACUGACAAGCACAAUGCACAUAUUGAAUGCCUUUAAGGUUUCAAGUCUGCCUCAUACUUUGUGCAGUGAUUCAUAUCAUGGAUGAAAAUUUAGCGUUUUGUCACCAUUGCCAGGAAAGCUUCGGUUGUAUUAUUAAUUUGGUAGCUAGUAUGGUAGUUUUACAAGUCCUUUAGUUCUGCAGAAAAGAACAUUAAGUCAGUUCAAUACUGUUGUUAUUUAUGAGAACUUUUUCUUUCUUAGUAAUUUUUGUUUCCUCUUAUAGGUGGUGUUCUUAUUAAACACUAGGUUUGUUCAUCUGUUUCUGUCUUUGUAUAUUAUUCUUGUUUUGUUGUUCAUUACCUUUAUUAUAGUAGCAUGCAGUUGAAGCCAUGCAGCUGUUGAUGGAUGAAGUGGUUUUAAAGUAUGUGUACUUUUACAUCUUGACCAAUCCUGUCCUAUUAACAGAGCAUUGUUAUUUGAUAAUUUGAGUUUCAUUAUGAAGAAGCAGUAUUAACUGUCGCUUGAACAUUUUUUGUUAAGUCCGUGUUGAACUGAAAUUUUUCAUGUCCAAAUGUCUAUGGUACUAGAACUCUGUGUUUGGCUUACUGUCUGUUUAAUUUAAAUCUAUAAUUGAAAAUAUAUCUAUCUUGAUACAAAUUUUGUACUAUUUGUGAUAUGGAAAUGAAAAGAUUAUAUUUAUUGUUACAUGAAACAAUAUUUUACUAGAGACAUGAUUAUGUAAAUGUGAAAUGUGUUAAGAAUGUUGGUGUACUUAAAUUUUUGUUUUGUUUCAAGUCACAAUGCAGUUUUCUGAAAAUAGAAAGCAGAAAAUGGAAGACAAUUGUGCUUUUUCAAUACUGCUUUAGUGCCAUUCCAACAGAUUUGUGAAGAAUGUACAGGAUACAUUUUCAUGUCCUGAUCCUCUCAAUCUUGUUAUAAAAUUGUAAACUAUAUCCAGUUCAGAUUGAGUAAAUGUUAUCUUACUCUACCUUAGAAGGUACCUAUCUCUGAGUAGCAUUAGGUACCAACACAAUAUUGAAGAUAGCCUUGUCAUGUGAUCAGGAUAAUUUGUACUUCAAUCUAAGUUGGGUGUGUUUCAGUUUUUAUUUAAUUUUGCCACUUUGGUGGAAACAUCAGGUUAGGACUCUGAUUCUCAACAUGGCUGUGCAUAACAUUAUAUGGUACUUUCUCAUGGUUUCCACUGUUGAUUGCUAUUACUGGAAAGCAAUGAUAAAUCAUGCAUGUUUCACCCUUCAGAUGAAAUCUCUGCAAUUUAAUUAAUUUACCAUUAUUUUUCUUCAUAAAAUCUGAAACAUUUAAUAUCUUGGUAUUCUAAAAGAUUCAGGAUUGAUUCACUUUAGUUAGGAGCAGAGAAACAGACAUUUAAAUGCAUGGCACAUGUUUCUUCAGAAAGUGAUAAAACCAAUUUCCUAAGUUGAAUUUUUAAAUGCCUGUCACAUUUUGACAAAAUUGUUACUGUAUGUAGAACUACUAGCUAUUUGUUAUACUGUAAUUAAUUCAAUUUGUACCAGGAAAAGAAAGUUCUAUUUCAUGAUAAGUAUUUCAUGUUAUCAAAUCAGGCUUAGAGCAUUAAAAAUAUUUUCCAGUUA